CAUUGCUUUUUUCAGUUUAAAAAAAUGGAUACUCUUAAGAAAAUACCGAUCGAAGAAGAAUAUAAGAGAAACCCACAAUUAAGGGAAGAUGAUAUUCAGCAUUUAAAGGAUUGGUAUAAAAAGCAGCCUCACUUUCCAAACUAUAUAGAUGAGAAUGCUUUGAUUAUGUUUUUACAUAGCAAUUAUUUUCGCCUGGAACCUACAAAAAAUACAAUUGAGAGUUUUUUGACUACCAGAACGCAUAUACCAGAAUGUUUUUCUAAUAGAGAUCCUAUAGGUUCAAAAGAUAUACGAAAUAUUAUGAAAACAAUCUUGGCUAUACCAUUGGAAAAUAAAACACCAGAAGGUUAUGGCGUGAUAUACGCCAGAUUGAUUGAUUACGAUCCAGACCGAUACGUAUUCUACGACGCUAUGAAACUCUACAAUAUGAUCAGUGAGUUGUGGUUACUACAAGCGGGAACUAUGCCGGGACAGGUGCUUGUCACUGACAUAAGUGGCGUACAAAUGGGCCACGCACUACGUAUACCACCAAUGGCUGUCAAAAAAUUCGUGUACUACUUGCAAGAGUCAGUACCCCUUAGAAUUAAGUCCUUGCACUUCUUGAACACGUCGUCAGUCAUGGAUUUUAUUCUCGGUCUCAUAAGACCUUUUCUGAAAAAGGAACUCAUGGACAUACUUUACUUACAUCCUAAUGUAGAUAGUUUGGCAAAACACAUGUCCGUUGAUAUCCUGCCAGACGAGGUAGGUGGCAAAGCUGGUAAAAUGAUGGAUCUUUACGCCAAGGUUAUAAAGGACAUCGAAAAGCAUCGGGAUUAUUUUAUCGAAGAGGAGAGACUGGUACGAGUUGAUGAGUCAAAACGUCUCGGAAAACCCAAAACCGCCACCGAGUUAUUUGGGGUUGAGGGUAGUUUCAAAAAGCUAGAUAUUGAUUAAGAACGUGCCUAGGUCUAAUCCUAUAAGGUUGACUUUAUAUUUCAUAGUAAUUUGAAAACUUUUGAUUCAAUGUAUCCGAACAAUAACUCGAAUGGUAAUCAUCAUUUUAAGUGUUAUUGCUGUACUAUACAAAUGAAAAGGUAAAUAGAAAAAUUAUACAUGUCUCUUGGUGUACCGCUAUCAGUGAUAGGAGAUGAUGAUCAUAGGAUCACCUGGUGUAUAUAAAAGAUAAUCAGAAAAAAUACGAGUCGUGAUCGUCACAAAUAACUUAAAAAGUAAAUAAAGUAAAAAAAUAAAAUCAUUUGUUUCUCACCGCUUCUCCAUUGUCUCAUAUUCCUAAUAAAUCCAUACUCUAUUAUGAUAAAAA